AUGGGAUGGGAUGGGAUGGGAUGGGAGAGAGGGGUGGGGAAGGUAGGGGAGGGAGAGGGAGGGGGGGAAGGGGGAAGGAAGGGAAUGGAGGGCAUGGAGAGGGGGAGGGAGGGGCAGGGAGAGGUGUGGAAGAGAGGAGAUGGGAGUGGUGGGGAAGGGAGAGGGGUGGGGAUGGGGAGGGAUGGAUGGGAGGAUGGGGAUGGUGGGGAAGGGGAAAGGGAGGGAGGGAGGGUGGGGGGAAGGGAGAGGGGUGGGGAAGGAUGGGAGGGGAUGGUGGGGAAGGGGAGGGAAGGGGAGGAUGGGGAUGGGAGGGCGGGGAAGGGGGAUGGGAUGGAGGGGAAGGGACAGGGGAGGGAGGGGUGGAAAGGAGAGGAAGGGCGGGGAGAGGAAGGGGAGGAAGGGAGAGGGAGGGGGGAGGGAAGGAGGAGGGAGGGGAGGGGAGGGGGAGAGGGAAGGGAAGGGAGGGAUUUGUCUUUCUGUGUAGCUGAUGGUGCUAAUGGUGGCUGUGCUCCCUGGUGUUUGCCCUUCCGAGGAAUUAGGACUUCUUUGCCGGCUCAUCCUGGACCUGCUGCUGCUGCUGCUGAUGAUGAUGAUGCCGACUCUCCUGUGCCUGAGUAG